AUGGCGUUGGGUGGCGGAGGCCCCAUCCCCUGUUCAGCACAGCUCCAGCCCCAUCCCCUGUUCAGCACAGCUCCAGCCCAAUCCCCUUUUCAGCACAGCCCCAGCCCCAUCCCCUGUUCAGCACAGCUCCAGCCCCAUCCCCUGUUCAGCACAGCUCCAGCCCAAUCCCCUGUUCAGCACAGCUCCAGCCCCAUCCCCUGUUCAGCACAGCUCCAGCCCAAUCCCCUGUUCAGCACAGCCCCAGCCCCAUCCCCUGUUCAGGACAGCUCCAGCCCCAUCCCCUGUUCAGCACAGCUCCAGCCCCAUCCCCUGUUCAGCACAGCUCCAGCCCAAUCCCCUGUUCAGCACAGCUCCAGCCCCAUCCCCUGUUCAGCACAGCUCCAGCCCCAUCCCCUGUUCAGCACAGCUCCAGCCCAAUCCCCUGUUCAGCACAGCCCCAGCCCCAUCCCCUGUUCAGCACAGCCCCAGCCCAAUCCCAAGCCCCAGCCCCAUCCCCUGUUCAGCACAGCUCCAGCCCAAUCCCAAGCCCCAGCCCCAUCCUCUGUUCAGCACAGCCCCAGCCCAAUCCCAAGCCCCAGCCCCAUCCCCUGUUCAGCACAUCUCCAGCCCAAUCCCAAGCCCCAGCCCCAUCCCCUGUUCAGCACAGCCCCAGCCCAAUCCCAAGCCCCAGCCCCAUCCCCUGUUCAGCACAGCUCCAGCCCAAUCCCAAGCCCCAGCCCCAUCCCCUGUUCAGCACAUCCCCAGCCCAAUCCCAAGCCCCAGCCCCAUCCCCUGUUCAGCACAGCUCCAGCCCAAUCCCAAGCCCCAGCCCCAUCCCCUGUUCAGCACAGCCCCAGCCCAAUCCCAAGCCCCAGCCCCAUCCCCUGUUCAGCACAUCCCCAGCCCAAUCCCAAGCCCCAGCCCCAUCCCCUGUUCAGCACAGCCCCAGCCCAAUCCCAAGCCCCAGCCCCAUCCCCUGUUCAGCACAUCCCCAGCCCAAUCCCAAGCCCCAGCCCCAUCCCCUGUUCAGCACAGCCCCAGCCCAAUCCCAAGCCCCAGCCCCAUCCACUGUUCAGCACAGCCCCAGUCCCAGCCACAUCCCCGAUCCAAUCCCAAGCCCCAGCCCCAUCCCCUGUUCAGCACAUCCCCAGCCCAAUCCCAAGCCCCAGCCCCAUCCACUGUUCAGCACAGCUCCAGCCCAAUCCCAAGCCCCAGCCCCAUCCACUGUUCAGCACAGCCCCAGCCCAAUCCCAAGCCCCAGCCCCAUCCCCUGUUCAGCACAGCUCCAGCCCAAUCCCAAGCCCCAGCCCCAUCCCCUGUUCAGCACAGCCCCAGCCCAAGCCCCAGCCCCAUCCCCUGUUCAGCACAUCCCCAGCCCAAUCCCAAGCCCCAGCCCCAUCCCCUGUUCAGCACAGCCCCAGCCCAAUCCCAAGCCCCAGCCCCAUCCCCUGUUCAGCACAGCUCCAGCCCAAUCCCAAGCCCCAGCCCCAUCCCCUGUUCAGCACAGCCCCAGCCCAAUCCCAAGCCCCAGCCCCAUCCACUGUUCAGCACAGCCCCAGUCCCAGCCACAUCCCCGAUCCAAUCCCAAGCCCCAGCCCCAUCCCCUGUUCAGCACAUCCCCAGCCCAAUCCCAAGCCCCAGCCCCAUCCACUGUUCAGCACAGCCCCAGUCCCAGCCACAUCCCCGAUCCAAUCCCAAGCCCCAGCCCCAUCCACUGUUCAGCACAGCCCCAGCCCCAUCCACUGUUCAGCACAGCUCCAGUCCCAGCCACAUCCCCGAUCCAAUCCCCAGCCCCAUCCACUGUUCAGCGCAGCCCCAGCCCCAUCCACUGUUCAGCACAGCCCCAGUCCCAGCCACAUCCCCGAUCCAAUCCCCAGCCCCAUCCACUGUUCAGCCCAGCCCCAGUCCCAGCCACAUCCCCGAUCCAAUCCCAAGCCCCAGCCCCAUCCCCUGUUCAGCACAGCUCCAGCCCAAUCCCAAGCCCCAGCCCCAUCCACUGUUCAGCACAGCCCCAGCCCAAUCCCAAGCCCCAGCCCCAUCCCCUGUUCAGCACAGCUCCAGCCCAAUCCCAAGCCCCAGCCCCAUCCCCUGUUCAGCACAGCCCCAGCCCAAUCCCAAGCCCCAGCCCCAUCCCCUGUUCAGCACAUCCCCAGCCCAAUCCCAAGCCCCAGCCCCAUCCCCUGUUCAGCACAGCCCCAGCCCAAUCCCAAGCCCCAGCCCCAUCCCCUGUUCAGCACAUCCCCAGCCCAAUCCCAAGCCCUAGCCCCAUCCCCUGUUCAGCACAGCCCCAGCCCAAUCCCAAGCCCCAGCCCCAUCCACUGUUCAGCACAGCCCCAGUCCCAGCCACAUCCCCGAUCCAAGCCCCAGCCCCAUCCCCUGUUCAGCACAUCCCCAGCCCAAUCCCAAGCCCCAGCCCCAUCCACUGUUCAGCACAGCCCCAGUCCCAGCCACAUCCCCGAUCCAAUCCCAAGCCCCAGCCCCAUCCACUGUUCAGCACAGCUCCAGUCCCAGCCACAUCCCCGAUCCAAUCCCCAGCCCCAUCCACUGUUCAGCGCAGCCCCAGCCCCAUCCACUGUUCAGCACAGCCCCAGUCCCAGCCACAUCCCCGAUCCAAUCCCCAGCCCCAUCCACUGUUCAGCCCAGCCCCAGUCCCAGCCACAUCCCCGAUCCAACCCCCAGCCCCAUCCACUGUUCAGCACAGCCCCAGCCAUAGAGAUGCCACUGGAGACGUAG